UGAAGACUAGUAACAUUUACCAUCUCAAAAAAACUCUCUCUUUCAUUGUACACAAGAGACAAAUGAAUGCUACAUGGAAUCUUUGGAUUAUUUUUUCCACUCUUAGUUAGAUGCCACUACUCCUCUAAUACUUUAUUUAUUAAUUCUUAUGACAAAAAAAUCAGAAAAGAAAAAUAUUUACUAUUUUAGUUUGUAAUAUAAGUUAUGUACCACAGUAACUGCCAAGUUAUAAGAUUGAGUUUAUUUAUUAAUCUAUCAAAGAGUUCUUUCCAGCUUCACGUGUAAAUUGUUGUAGGGAGCUGUUCCUUUAAUUGUUGCAUGUUAAUUAGUUUCUAUGCUUUUGGAAUAAAACAGUUCAUGAACUCAUAGUAGUUGACUCUUUCUUUCUUCCUAUUUUUUUUUUCUGAUAUAAUUAGAAGAAUUGGGAUGUGAGUUGAAUUUUUCAUUGAGUAUUCAUUCCCUUGGUUUUGGAGAAGAUUAUUAUGGUGGAUGAUAGAUAAUUCAGUUGAAAAUUAUUUGAUGAAACUUGAAAGAUCUGAGUAAAAAAACUGAGUUGAAAACAGGUUCAAGGAGAUUUCAAGUGUUGAAAUAAUGGAAGGGAGAGGAUUUUCUGGCUUAUACAAGAAUUCAAGUGAGGAUUUGUUUUUGAAGACAAUGAUGGAGAGUCCUAUUGGUAUGCCAGUACCUACCAUGGAGAUGUUAGGCUUCAAGACUGUUUCUCAGAGCUUUCGCACCGAUAGCGAGGAGCUUUUCAAGCGCUGGCUAACAAAUGAAGAGGGAUACAAUUCAUCAAGCAUCGGACUCAACAGUCGAUUAUCGAAGAGGAUUUCCACUGAAAUAGUUAAUGUGUCUAGUCAGCAACAUGUUGGUGUGGCUUCAGAAGGAAGAAACAAUGAUAAAUCAUGCAUUCAAAAUAACUUUUUGGCAAAUGAUGUUUCAAGUGAUUUCAAUUUUCCAAUCAGAGAACCUGUUGAUAGAGAAUUGCAAUCUAGUAACUUGUUUCUAGCCAAGGCCUGGUUUCUUACCGAUCAACGAAUGACAAGAAGUCGGUCUUCUGAAUUGCGGCUUCUUUGCAGGCGAAGGUAUACCGAAAUGCAAAACGUUCAAGCAACACAAGGAAUAGAAUCCAUGUGCAUGGCCCCACUGCAUGGUACAAACACUAUGAAACAAGAAGUUGCAAAUUUCAAUGGUUUUGAUUACCUUACUAUGUGUGAGUUUCCAAGCCAAAAGGGCUCAUUCAUGAUGUCUCCAUCACCCUCAUCUUCAUCUACCUUCAACACACAUCAAUUGGUUGAUGCAGAUAAAGUUUCAUCUUGUGUAAGUAUGCUAAAAGGUACAUUGCAGCGCAAGAGACUCGGCAUCCAAGUUGAGAAAGAAGCUUCAGGAGAUGGCUUAAAUGAAAUAUUUUGUAUUCAAGAACCUCUUUUCCAAUCUGGUUUUAAUGAAGAACAACAAAAUUGGAGUCAUCAAAAGAUAGUAAAUGUUCAAGGAGACUUUACGGAUCAAGUUAGGGAUCUUGAACUCAUGGAGACACAUGAAGGAACCACAAACUUUGUCUUGGAUGGUUUUGCAAAUCAAGCAAACCAAAUACACGGUGGAACAGCUUCUGGAGAACCUUCUCAAAGUGAAUCCUCUGCUGCUGCACCAGUAAUUUCAUCUGGUUUAGAUGCAUGUGAAGGUCCAAGCAAUUCAAAUCAAACUCUUUGUGAUAGUUCAUGGAAACAAGUGGGAGAAAGCACUCAAAAUAAAGUCAAAGGUUUCAGAGAACAGAUAAUGGAUAAUCUGAAAGAUGACAAAAAGAAGAGAAGUCUAGAAAGAUAUGGAUCUAUAACAUCAGCUGUCUCAGAUGACAAGGUAGACACCACAAAAAAGCGUAGGGUGGAGCGCUCAAGAAAAAUGGCUGAGGCAAAGGAAAGAAACUUGACACCAAUAGUUCCCUCAGAUAUGCAAGCUGUCUUGAAGCGGUGUGAAAACCUUGAGAAGGAAGUUCGAUCACUAAAGCUCAAUUUGUCCUUCAUGAAUAGGAAGGAUUCUGAACAAACAAAGCAGAUAGAGGACCUUCAGAAGCAGAAUGAAGACUUGGCAGAUGAAAAGGAGCGCCUCCUUGAAGAAAUUGAAAGAAUUUUAUCAGAAAGUGGAAAGAUUUAAUAUUUUGUUUCCCCUGUUAUAUCCUUAUCCUCCUCAGGAACAAUUCAGUGCUUAGACAAGCUAUUACAAGAAAAUAUUACCACAUUUAAUUUGUGGAUGAAACAGCUUAGUUAAAAGUAAAAACACUGAUCAAUAGUGAAUCUUUGGAGUCUAUUUGCAAAAUAUAAAUGCAUGGAAUCUGAGUUAUUUGUAUGACAUUGUAUAUCUAGCAAAAACUUACUGUUAUUUAAAAUUUGAGGAGCAUGGACGAUGGAUUAGAGCCAUAUAAAUUGAUCGUAAAUUUAAA